AGUUCAAUAUUUGAAUAGAAUUCAUCAUCAUCAAAAUGGUUACUAAUCCAACAAGAGAACCUUCUUCUAAUUCUCUUUCUCUUUCACUUCCUUCUCCUAAAGCUCCACCAGAGUACCCUGAUUUGUAUGGAAAGCGCCGCGAAAUGGCAAGAAUUCAAAUGCUUGAAAGAGAGAUAAGUUUUCUUGAGGAAGAGUUAAAAUCUUCUGAAGGUUUUCAGCCAGCUUCAAAAUGCUGCAUAGAGAUAGCUGAUUUUGUGAUGGCGAAUUCAGAUCCUCUGUUACCAACAAGCAAGAAGAACCGAAGGUCGUGUCGCUUGUGGAAGUGGCUAUGUCGGAUGCGGUGUUUGAACUUAUCUUGGAACUGCUGUUGGUGUUGCGAUUGCUUCUCCGCUUGUUGCCACUGCAAACCAAGCCAUUGCAAAUGUAGUACUUGUCUUCCAUCUAUCAAUUGCUCCUUAAAAAAUUGGUGUUGUUGCCAUGAUAAAAAAUCACUAUGUUGUAAAGAGUGUUGUGGUUGCAAAACCUGUUGUUGUAUUCUCCCAGGCUGCAAAAGCUAUGAUUGCAAAUGCUCUUGCAUUUGUCCAUGUUUUCUAAAGGUUCUCCCCGGUGGAUGUUGUACAAAAUGUUAA